ACCAGAAAAACUUCGCAAGCAUUAUAAAAGCAAAAAAAAUCAAUACAAUAUACCAAUUACCCAAACCCAAGUAUCCAAACAGGUACUACCUCUUACUUCUAAAUCUGGUUCAAACUCGGCAACCCAAAUCUUUUCCUCACAGAACGAAGUUCAAAAGGGGGUCAAAGACCAAGUGGUUGUUCAAGAUCUGGAAGCUGGCCCAGGCCCAGCAACCCAAACCUAUAGAGAGGAGCAAACUAUUAUUCAAGAGGUAAAAUAUGCCCCAGAAAACCAUUUUCGAUCAAUUUAUGAAGUAGAAGACAGAAUUAUAGAAAAAGAGCUACCUACAAAAAACAUAGAAUUUUUAUAA